AUGACAACUAUCGUAGUCGGAGGACUCUUUAAUGCUGUGACCAUUGCUGGGGCCGGUUUCCUAUUCUCCAAGUUGAAUGGGCAAGGAUACAAAGAAGAGGUAAAAAGACAUAACCAAGCCUUAGCGAAGCUUACGAAAGCAAAGGAGAAGUUUUCCGAAUCUGAGGUGAAGCGUAGGAACGACGAGGCAAGACGGAGGGUCGAAAUCCUGGAUGCAAACAAGGAUAUCGAGAAAACAAACAGGGCACUGGAAGACCUGAGGAAUUAUACGAGGCUCAUGGAUAGUACGGCAUCCCAACGCAGACCAAAAUUGGAGGAUUACUAUCAACCAUCGGACGAAAUGAAGAGAUACACAGUGUUGACAGUGGGUAUCCUAGGUGUUGGCGGUGCCUAUGGAUUAAUACGAAUAUUUUAA